AUGACGGAUGAAGGAGAAGUAAGACAGAAAACUCCUCAACUAUAUUUAGAUGAAGUCAGUAAAACAGAAGAAGCAUUGAAAACAUUUCAACCCCUUGAAAAAUGUUGGUAUCAGAAUAAAUCAUUAGGAUCUUCAGGUCAAACAGAAUAUAUGACAUGUGACUGUACGGAGCAAUGGGACAGUGUUAAAGGCCAAAAUGGUGCUUGUGGAGAAGACAGUGAGUGUAUAAAUCGAGCCACGUCGGUGGAAUGUGUGGGCGACGACUGUGGGUGUGGAGAUGGGUGUCAAAAUCAAAGAUUUCAACGUCAAAUUUACGAACCCGUAACAGUAUUUCAAACAGAAUUGAAAGGAUAUGGAUUAAGAGCUGAUAAAGUGAUUACUGAGUCUUCUUUCAUCUAUGAAUAUAUCGGGGAAGUCAUCAGUGAAGAAACUUUCAGAAAAAGAAUGGUUUCUUAUGAUGAGAAGAAAUUCAAACAUUUUUAUUUCAUGAUGUUGAAGAAAGAUGCAUUCAUUGAUGCUACAGUUAAAGGGUCGUUGGCCAGAUUUGCUAAUCAUUCAUGUAAUCCCAACGCCUACGUUGAUAAAUGGGUUGUAGGAGAUAAAUUAAGAAUGGGAAUUUUCGCCAAGAGAACCAUUCAAAAAGGUGAAGAGAUUACCUUCGAUUAUAAUGUUGAUAGGUAUGGAGCUCAAUCACAACCAUGUUAUUGUGGAGAACCAAAUUGUAUAAAGUUCAUGGGAGGUAAAACCCAAACCGAUGCAGCAUUAUUAUUACCAGAAGGUAUCAGUGAAGCAUUGGGUGUAUCGGUUCAACAAGAGAAACAAUGGUUAAAGGAGAAUAAACAUUUGAGAACCAAACAACAAAAGUCCAAAUCAACUAUUAAUGAACAAUUUGUUAAAGACAUUCAAGUUUCACCAUUAGAUGAUUUCGAUGUUACUAAAGUAAUGUCAUCAUUAAUGAAAUCUCAAGACUUACCCAUUACUAAGAAAUUAAUAGAAAGAAUUUAUUUGACCAAUGAUGACAAUAUCAAUUUAUCCAUUGUAAAAGUUCACGGAUAUAAAACAUUAUCCACCGUGUUACAAAGUGAAGAUAUUGACGAUGAAUUAAUUAUUAAGAUUUUGAAGAUUUUGAAUAAAUGGCCCAAAUUAACUCGUAAUAAGAUAUCCUCCUCGAAAAUUGAAGAUAAAAUCAAAGAUAUAAGCUCAUCAGAGAAUGAAGAAAUUCAACUUUUAUGCCAACAAUUAUUAGAUGAAUGGUCGAAAUUACAAAUGGCUUAUAGAAUUCCUAAAUUAUCACAAAAACCUAACACCAGUUACAGUAGAUCAAUUAGAUCUCAUACUCCAGAAGAAGACACAAAUAAUGGAGGAUAUGAACAACCUGCUGAAGAAGAUCCAACAGCCAAUUUACCAGAAGGAUGGCAAGCAGAAUAUUCAGCUGAACAUGAAGCAUAUUAUUAUUAUAAUGAAGUAGAGAAUAUUACUACUUGGGAGAAACCUUCACCUCCAGUACAAAGUCCUGUAAAAAUUGAAAGUCCAAGAAAACCAAGAGAAUCAAGAGAACCAAGAGAUAGUACACCAAGUUUUAAUGAAGCAAAAUUAGCUCAAUUAGAAGCUGAAAGAUUACAACAAGCCAAAAUGAUGCAAUUCAAUGAAGUUCAAAAUAAACAAAAAAUGUUAUUGGAUUUAAUCAAUCAGAACCAUAAACAAGCCGAACAAAGAAGAGCAUUAGAUAAAUUAAAGCAACAAAGCGAAGCAAAGGAAAAGGCUAAAGAAAAGGCCAAAAAACAUAAAAAACCUUCAAAACCUCAAAAUGUUGAAAAAUUAUGGGGAACAGUAUUUGCCAAAUAUAUUCCAAAUUUUGUUAAAAAACAUGAAUCAGAAAUUGGUAGAGAUAAUGUUAAAGGUUGUGCAAGAGAUAUAGUUAAAUUGUUAACUGAUAAAGAACUUGCUAAAGACAACAAAAAAGUUCCACCAACGGAAUUAGAGAAUGUAAAAUUGAAAAAGAUCAAAGAUUUCACCAAAAGUUAUAUGGAAAAAUUUUUGAUCAAAUAUCGAUCCAAGCAUAGAAGAGAUGAAAUUUCUAAUGAUAAUAAAAAACCCAAAAUGUAG